AUGGUGUCAAAUAUUCCCGAGCUUUUGCUUGAUCCAUACAUAAAGCUAUGGGUCCUCCUUCCUAUAUCAGUUGUUAUGGUCUUAGUUGGUGUACUUAGGACGUAUAUUUCGAUGACAUUAGAUCCUUCACCAAAAAUUGAAGAUCAUAAGUUGUUAAGAGAACAGCAGCAUAUACGAAGGCUUGCCAAUUAUUGCAAUAAUGACUCUGUAUUUCGGAAUAAAAUGGAAUAUGAUGCGAAAGUUCGGUACUUUGUCGAUGAAUACUCCGGGACUAAAUAUUUAAGAAAGCUUCCACCUAAAGAUCCAAACGAACAGCCAAAUCCUCUUACCGACUCAAGUUCCAAUGACUUCAUGAUGCAAUCCGUGAAAUCGAGUCUUGCUAAUUGGGUUCCACAAAGUAUUAUUCUGUGGUGGGUCAACUUCUUCUUUAAGGGCUACGUUAUCAUGAGAUUACCAUUUGCAGUCACUUCUAACUUUAAGCCGAUGCUUCAAACUUCCAUCGAUACUACAGAUUUGGACGCUUCGUAUGUCUCGUCAAUUAUUUAUUCCCUAAUUUUCAAUGAUGCCAGUAUGGUUAAUAAGUUAAUGACUCAGCAGCAGCAGCAGCCUAUACAGCCACAACUUGCAGGUGCAGGGCCCUCAGCUCAGCAGCUUUUCCAAAAUAGAAUAGAAAGCCUCAAGAUUGCUCGGUUCAAUAGUUGCCUUGAUCGCACAGAACAACGUCUUCUACAUUAUUAUGAGAGCAAAUAA